AUGUCUGCUACAGCAGUCCGAGAUGAUGGCGUUGGGGGAAUGACCGAGAAUGUCACCGGCGAGAUCAAAAACCCCCUCGCCGGAAUCCCCCACGACCAGCUGAUGGCGAAUGUAGCUGCUUAUGCCACCGAGUAUGGCCUUGAAGAUAUGUUGCCGCUCUUGCAGAAGGGCGCUCUGGUAGCUCAAUCUCCCUCCAAGAUUACAGAGAUCUCGGAGCUUGACGAUGGUGACCGCCGCGUUCUCAAUGAAGAGCACACACGGCGUUGGAAGCAUCCAUUUGCGUUGUACUACACCAUUAUCUUGAAUUCGAUUUCGGCGGCUAUUCAGGGCUGGGACCAGACUGGUUCGAACGGCGCUAACUUGACCUUUGAUGUCCAAUUCGGCAUCCCGAACAACUCCCCCCAAUGCCCUGACCCGGAGACUUGCAAGCGUAACCAGUGGAUUGUUGGUUUUAUCAACGCUAGCCCAUACAUUACAAUCUGUCUAUUUGUUGCUUGGCUCUCGGAUCCCCUAAACCAUAUUCUCGGCCGUCGUGGAACAAUCUUCCUCGCUGCAAUCUUUAGUCUCCUAGCUCCCUUGGGUUCUGGUCUCACUCAGCAUUGGGGUCAGCUCAUUGCUUGUCGUGUUCUUCUCGGACUUGGUAUGGGUCUGAAGGAAGUGACUGUUCCUGUGUACUCGGCUGAAAAUGCGCCUACCAAUAUUCGUGGUGGCCUGGUAAUGUCAUGGCAGCUAUGGACGGCCUUCGGUAUUUUUCUCGGAACCUGCGCGAAUCUCGCCGUGGCCAAUACUGGUGAUAUUGCUUGGAGACUGCAGCUGGGCUCUGCCUUUAUUCCUGCUGUGCCCUUGCUGGUUGGAAUCUGGUUUUGUCCAGAGUCGCCACGAUGGCUGAUGACCAAGAAAGACCACAAGAAAGCUUAUGAAUCUCUUCUCAGACUACGGAAUAGCCCUUUGCAGGCUGCCAGGGAUCUGUAUCGGAUCCAUGCCCAGCUGGAAAUGGAGAAGCAGUUGAUCGUCAAGUCGGGUUUUUCCAAGAACGAGAACAUGUUCGUUCGUUUUAUCGAAUUGUUCACGGUGCCUCGUUUGCGCCGUGCUGUUCAAGCCUCUGGAAUUGUGAUGAUCGCUCAGCAGAUGUGUGGAAUCAACAUCAUCUCAUUCUAUUCCUCCACGAUCUUCCAACUGGCCGGUGCCUCGAACAUCGAAGCCCUCCUUGCAUCCUUCGGAUUCGGUCUUAUCAAUUUUGUGUUUGCUUGGCCCGCCGUGUGGACAAUCGAUACAUUUGGUCGACGAGGUCUGUUACUUUUCACUUUCCCACAAAUGUGUUGGACACUCCUCGCAGCUGGAUUCUGUUUCUGGAUCCCCACAAGCAGCAACGCACAUAUUGGGUUGAUUGCCUUCUUCAUUUACCUCUUCGACGCAUUCUAUUCUCCCGGAGAAGGACCCGUACCCUUUACCUAUUCUGCCGAGGUGUUCCCGCUGUCUCACCGUGAAGUUGGAAUGGCCUGGGCAGUCGCAACCAAUAACUUUUGGGCUUCGGUUCUCUCGCUGACAUUCCCGUGGAUGCUGCGCGCAUUCACUCCACAAGGUGCCUUUGGGUUUUAUGCAGGCUUGAAUCUUGUUGCUCUUGCUUUGAUUUUCCUCUUCAUGCCAGAAACCAUGCAGCGCUCGCUUGAGGAACUUGACUAUGUGUUUGGUGUCCCGACUCGAACACACGCCAAAUACCAGCUUACUCAGGUUCUGCCGUGGUGGAUUAAGAGAUAUGUCUUUAUGCGCAAGAAUGCUGUAUGCCCUGAGUUGUACCGUGUCGCUCAAGAUUAUGCCGAAGCUCCCCCAGUGACAAUUGAUGCGGCUUCAGAGAAGAAUGUGAAGGCCAACGGAAAUGGGCGUCAAGCCGAGUAUGUUUAA